UUGAAACCGGAGACCGAGAGGAGGUCGCUGUAGUAGUUUGUCAAAAAAAAGUUAAAGAACUCGCGGGUGAACCUAUUCAGCUCGUGUCGUUUACAUGGUGACAGACUACAGACUCAGAGGUAACUACUUGUUGGUAUGAAACAGUCGAUACGGGCGGUAAAUAAUAACAUUUAGCUCGGGCUCGCUGACUUCUGCAUGGUCGCUAGCUAGCUAACAGUUAGCUAAAGGAGCUACUUGGCUAGCUGGCUAGCGAGGUCCAGCCCAAAAGUUGUUUACCUCAAGUUGUGGAUGUGGUCACCCCCUGAGCUUUUCACGACUUUUCUCUGGGAUAAGAGAGUAAGGACCAACAAUUCACACUGGAUUUAACACUGCGCGCUGUUAGGAAACUAGCAGGAUGUCCACAGAGGUUGAGUGUAGUCAGGUCGACUCCGGUUUGACAGCGGCCAGCUCCGGCGAAGCAGAGGAGAAGAACCAAAACAAGUCCGAGGGGCAGAAGGAACAACAAGAACAGGGGCAGAAAGGCUCGGAAAAACUGCUGCAGGAUGGCCACGGCUCCGAGGCAGCCAAGAGCCCGACGGACAUGCACAAGAAAUGCAAAGAAAACGAUAAAGAAAACGACCAAAGCAGCAACGCUGACUCGGCUGUUGAGGCGGUGAAGAGGAAAGUUGUUGAAGCUCCUCCGCCUAAAGUCAACCCGUGGACGAAGAGGACCACGGGCAGAGUGCCGAUCAACAACAUCAGCUCCCAAGAGAAAGAUCAACAAAACGCUCUGAAAGUCGUCCGUGCCAGCAAGCCCAGGACGAGAAAAUCCAGCAAGUCGGGUGACUUUAGUGAUAUCACAAACUGGCCCACACCUGGUGAACUGGCCAAAGAGCAACAACAAAAUGUCCUCAACAACAAUGGAAAGAGGCCUUCCUCCUCACGCAGAGAGAAGGAGAAGAGGAGGGAGCGACCGGAGAGGAAAUCAGAGAGCAGCCACGACGGCGGUGAGAGCAAAGAGAACCAGGAGGCUCAGCUGGACCCGCUGGGAGAGCUGCCCAAAGACGGAGAGUCAAAGACGGGACAGGAGGCCAAGAGUGCCAACCUGAAGAAGCGAGGAGGUGGGGGUAACAAACGUAAGUGGGUUUCUCUGCCGCUGGAGGAAGCGUCCCGGGACAACGGCGACAAGACGCCCAGCGGGGGCCCGACGCGCUCGGACACAGAUCCCACCAGCGACUCACCUGACCCCACGUCGCCCAAUCACACGCUCCAUAAUAACAGGGCGCAUGAUAGCAACAGGAGUUGGAGAAGAGAGCCGCGGGACUUUGGGGACGAUGCUGCCAGCGUCAGAAGUGACAGCGGGAGCGUUCGCGGAGGAAUACGAGGCCGGGGGAAAGGUCGUGGGCGUGGAAGAGGUCGUGGACGAGGCCGUUAUGAAUACUCUCAGAGCUUCCGGGACUCUCAGUCGUCUGAUGGCUCUGUCCAGGUCCCCACAGAGUUUGGCACCAAUAUGGUUUACUAUUACGACGACGGCAACAAGGUUCAGAUGUACACGGUGGAUGAGAAGCUUCUAAAGGAAUACAUCAAACGGCAGAUUGAGUACUACUUCAGCCUCCACAACCUGGAGCGAGACUUCUUCCUGAGGAGGAAGAUGGACGCGCAGGGCUUCCUCCCCAUCUCCCUCAUCGCCAGCUUCCACAGAGUCCAGGCUCUCACCACCGACAUCAGCCUCAUCAUGGAGGCUCUGAAGAGCAGCACAGAGGUGGAGCUGGUGGACGACAGGGUUCGCUGUAAAACCGACCCGGAGCGCUGGCCCAUCCCCGUCCCUCCCGUCGUGGGUUCCCCUCGAACCGACUUCUCACAGCUCAUCAACUGUCCCGAGUUUGUUCCACGACAGACCCUCAGCUCCACAAACACCGCUUCAUCGCCUGUGAAGGAGACUCCUCCUGAGUCUGCCGGGCCUCAGGCCUCGGCUGAGCCCAGCUCCACCAGCCAGGAGCCACUCCCCGCCACAAAUGUUUUUAAAGAUGCCCCCGCCCCCAAACCGGACCCCGACACCUGGAUCCAGGUGGAGAAACGCCACAAACAGCCCUCGUCAAAGCCAAAGCUUGUCACUGAUGACGUCUGUGUUGUCAGCUCUUCUCCUCCAUCAGCGCUCCCACCUGACUGCCUCCCCUCUGCAGGGGACAGCAAGGCACCUCCUCCCAGCCACCAGGCUCCUCCACAGGCCGAGCCCGACCAGGAGGAGCUGGACUUCCUGUUCGACGAGGAAAUGGAGCAGAUGGCGCCCAGGAAAAACAAGUUCACUGACUGGUCAGAAGAGGACGACUCAGACUAUGAGCUGGACGACCAAGACGUCAAUAAGAUCCUUAUUGUCACCCAGACCCCUCCUUACCUCCGUAAACACCCCAGCGGCGACCGGACAGGCAACCAUGAGUCCCGAGCCAAGAUCACUGCCGACCUGGCCAAAGCCAUCAAUGACGGGCUGUACUACUACGAACAGGACCUGUGGAAGGGAGAGGAGCAGAUCGAGUGCAGCAAGCAGGAAGUGGAGAACUUCAAGAAGCUGAACGUCAUCAGCAAAGAUGAGUUUGACACUCUCACCCCCAAAGUGCCCGUUGAUUCAAACCAGGAAGUCCCACCUCCUCCGAUGCCAGUGGACAGUGGAGCAGAACUUGCCCGCUCUCUGCCUACAACGGUGCCGGAGUCGCCCAGCGCUCACCAGCCCCGAACCCCGAGAACGCCUCGCACCCCCGGACGCCAGGACCCCAACAAGACGCCCCGCUUCUACCCCGUCAUGAAGGAGAGCGGCACCAUUGAUGGGCAGAUGCCGAGGAAGAAGAAGACCCGCCACAGCUCCAACCCUCCUCAGGAGGCCCACAUCGGCUGGGUGAUGGACUCCCGCGAACACCGGCCGCGAUCUGCAUCCAUCAGCAGCUCCAACGCCUCUCCAUCAGAAGGAGCCCCGCUGUCAGGAAGUUACGGCUGCACCCCCCAGUCUCUGCCCAAAUUCUGGCAUCCAUCCCACGAGCUGCUGAGGGACAACGGCUUCACCCAGCAGGGAUACCACAAGUACCGCAGACGGUGCCUUAACGAGAGAAAACGGUUGGGGAUCGGCCAGUCUCAGGAGAUGAACACUCUAUUCAGGUUCUGGUCCUUCUUCCUGAGGGACAACUUCAACAGGAAGAUGUACGAGGAGUUCAAACAGUAUGCGCUGGAAGACGCCAAAGAAAACUACAGGUAUGGACUGGAGUGUCUCUUCAGAUACUACAGCUACGGUUUGGAGAAGAGAUUCAGGUUAGAUCUGUUCAAGGACUUUCAAGAAGAGACCCUCAGGGACUUUGAGAAAGGUCAGUUGUAUGGACUGGAGAAGUUCUGGGCCUUCUUGAAAUAUUCAAAGAUGAAGAACCAGUCCAUCGACCCAAAGCUGCAGGAACACCUCCGCCAGUUCAAGAACCUGGAGGACUUCCGGGUGGUGCCCCCGAUGGGAGAGGAGGGAGGCAGGAGGAGACGUCACUCGUCCUCGGCCGGGGAUGAAGGGAGGCGUCGGCGACAUCCCUCCAACACUACCUCAAAGCCCACGCAGGUCUCCAAAUCCUCCAGCACCUCCGCUCAACCCGCCGCUGCACAGAACGCGCCCAGAGACAACGCCCAGAAACCAGCAGCAGGAGCAGCCGCCCAGGCGAAGAAGGCGGAGGCCGGAGCCGGGAAGAAGGAAAGUGGUGCACCAAAUAAAUGAAGCUCCCUCCUCAAGGUGUGGGUUUGGAUAGACGAGAUGCAGAGCGAGGCGGCGGCAGCUCUGAGCUCAGCGUUCGCUCUUUUCAGUGGCAAACUGUUUGGGUAUGAAGAGAGACUGAGCGUGGUUGACUUAAUUUGAUUGUUUUUAUCAGUGCAUUUCAUUUUAAAGCAAGCAAGCAAGCAAGCAUAGACAGUGGGCUUGAAUCUGUGCGCCUGACAGCUCAUAAUGUUUACAAAAAAAAAAAAAAAAAUGCAUUCCCUGCAUUUUGCCUUUUGUUCUCUCAGAUGCCAAACUCUUCUACAGGUCUGUUGAUCUCCACAACCUGUCGACCGCUCUGGUCUGUUCAGAGCUGUUGAACUGUGAUUCUAGUUUGCCAAGAUAAGACAUACUGCAGAUAGUCUUGUGUGCCUUAAUCUGAUUCACCAGGACGACUGGAAGGCAAUCAGUGACAAAAUAGUCCAAAUUCUGCUUUUUGAAGUCUUCCCAACUGAUGAUUUGGGGUUUGAAUGUGUUUAAAACUGACACCACUCACAGUUUUUUUUUUUUUUUGUUGAGACAUAAAUAUCUUCCAUUUUCAUCAUGACAAUCAGAGUUGACAGUUUCAGUCAUAAAUUUGUGAAGCGCUGACCCCCCCUGAGGCUGCCGCUUCCUAACAGAUGUGCCCUGAUGUUUUUUAGUCUGACUGACAGGCAUCACAGCUGAACUAUCACACUGGUUUUUAAUUAAAACCAGGAAAAAUAAUGACAGAGUUAUCUGGGAAGCUUUAAGUUCCGUUUUACACCCAGAGAUAGUAUAAUUUAUUGUUUUAUUCUUUUUAUUUUUCCAUUUACUUGAUUGAUGGAAUAGUCUUAGGUAAUCAGUGCAGUUUCAAGUGGCUUUUGCUAUUAAAUAUGAUAAAAAAUGAAAUGUUUCUGCUGGAAUUAUGGGUGUGAGCUAGCAUCAUAAAACUACAGUAUAUUUUAGCUUGAAGUUUACUUCAUAUUAUGUUUGAGGCUUGGUGCUUUAGAGCACUUUAAUCGAUAACUUUCCUUUACUUCAUCAGUGGACUUAAAAGAGGUUUUAGAGUUGAAUUUAAAGAAAAAAAAUGUAAAUACUAUAAAAAAUCAUUUGCUAUUCGAUUAUCCCUUUGAUUUUAAGAAGUGAUUUGUUUUAUUGGUAAUGUGGUUUUGAGUGUGUUUUAGGAUAAAGCAGUGCAUGUUAAUGAAUUGUAAAAUGCAAAAAAAUAUAAAAUAACAGUUGAUUGUA